ACGGCGCACAUAAACAAACCAGCGUUACAACUCCACACUUUGCAAAGCACACCAUCAGCAUCGACACAUUCACGGGAUCGGACGCAGACACACUCCUUUACACCCGGGAGAUUUUUAUUUUGUAAUGUUCGGUUUCAUUUUUUUCUACUUUUUGGUAAGUUUACUUUAGAAAAGGGUGACAAGAAGAAACUUUUUUUUUGUCGCCGAUGCAUCCUGAUCUUCUACGAUAUUACUAAGAGAUUUUUUUUUUUACAUUUAUAUUUUUCUCGACAUCACUUCGAAUCUUGGUGAUUAUUCUGGAUGGAAAAGGGAUAUUUCAUUCAAGGUUAUUACCACAUUUAAAGACGGAACCGCUACAGCAAACCAACAGAGGUUCGGAAGAGCGCGCCCAGCCGAGGUUGGAGCCCCGGCGAUCGGACACUUCCUUUGCGACGCCCGCCGAGUCCUCCCCGCUCCAGGAACCCUGUCCCAGCCGCAGCCACGCCACCCCUCAACCCCGGACACUCAGCACCAUUCAGCGCGAAGCUCUUCCAUCAGAUCUAUGGCAUUCUGACAAUGAACAAGCGCGCACAGUUAUUGGAACAGCUGCAGUUUGUCCAGUUGAAAUGCACACCCCGAGACAUGCCCUGUGUGCAGGCUCAGUACGGGCCCGCCCCUCCAGGCUCAGCCUACUCUGGCCAGUCCUUCAGUUACCAAGGCGACAGCUACAGCUCUGACCUCAUGACCCCUGAUUACACCAAGCUGGACCUUGGUGGUGGUGAGAUCUCUGCUGCUGCCACCACGUCCCUCCCCAGCUUCAACGUCUUUGUGGAGGGGAGCUACGAGCCCAAGUCCUCCUGCCUCUACCAGAUGCCAACGCACCGGCCCAUCAAGAAGGAGGAGGAGAGCUACCCAACUGCUCCGCCCCUGGAGGCCAUGUCCUCCUCCACCAUGUACUUUAAACAGUCUCCCCCCUCCACCCCCACCACCCCGUCCCUGCCACCCCAGCCUGGCACCUCCUUCCUGUGGGAGGACCACUCCCUGGCCCCUCCAUCGCACCCCCACUCUCUGGGUUCCAGCCUGGAGACGGGCCCGCUCAAGUCGCCCCGCUUUCCGCACUUCUACCAGCACUCGCCACCACACAGCGGCGGCAGCAUUGGUGGUUACGAUAGUCUCGGUGGUGGACUAGUUCGCACCUCCUCCUCUUCCUCCUCUUCCUCAUCCUCGGUCUCCCAUCCUCACUGUCCACCCCUGGAGCAGCCCAUGUACCAGCUGCACCGCGGGGCCGGGGGCAGCAGCCUAGCCUUUCGUUCCCUGGCUCUCGGGCACUGUGGCCCCCUACUAGGAGACAGCUUGCCAUCGCCUCCCCAGCGUGGCCCCCAAGGAGAGGGCACUUGUGCAGUGUGUGGGGACAACGCCGCUUGCCAGCACUACGGAGUACGCACUUGUGAGGGCUGCAAGGGCUUCUUUAAGCGCACCGUACAGAAAAACGCCAAGUAUGUGUGUCUGGCCAGUAAGAACUGUCCUGUGGACAAGAGGCGACGCAACCGCUGCCAGUACUGUCGCUUUCAGAAGUGUCUGAGUGUGGGCAUGGUGAAGGAAGUGGUACGCACGGAUAGCUUGAAGGGGCGCAGAGGCCGUCUGCCUUCCAAACCAAAGAGCCCCCUGCAGACUGAUGUGUCUCCUCCCUCUCCACCCCUUAGUUUGCUCUCCGCUCUGCUCAGGGCGUAUUCCCACUGCACGCCUCGUGACCUCGACUACAGCCAGUUCAGUGCUGCCGACCCUCCCUCCUCCUCCUCUGAUGCUGAGCACAUCCAGCUCUUCUACAGACUGCUCACCAUCUCAAUGGAGACCACGCGAUGCUGGGCUGACCGGCUGCCUGGGUUCUCCGAGCUUCAGCGCGACGAUCAGAACUUGCUCAUAGACUCUGCCUUCCUGGAGCUGUUUGUCCUGCGAUUGGCUCACAGGUUGAUGCUGUCAGAGGAUAAACUCGUCUUCUGUAACGGCUUGGUGCUGCACAGGUUCCAGUGCCUUCGUGGGUUCGGAGAGUGGCUAGACUCCAUCCGGGACUUCGCCACCCACCUCCAGAGCCUAAAUCUGGACACCUCUGCCUUUGCCUGCCUGGCUGCCCUCGUACUGCUCACAGAGCAAGUUCCAGGUCUGAAAGACUCAAAGCGGGUGGAGGAGCUGCAGAAUAAAGUGAUUUGUUGUCUCAGAGACCACCUGGGCUGCGGCCCUUCUUCCUCCUCGUCCAAGGCUGUGCCACCUCUGAGUCGUAUUCUCAGUUUAAGGGCAGAGUUCCGUUCCCAGAGGACCCAGGGCCUUCAACGAAUCUUCUACCUGAAGCUGGAAGACCUCGUACAGCCCCCUCCAUUGAUUGACAGGUUCCUGGACACUCUGCCCUACUGACAGCGUGGGCCGAACAUACGGAGAGAAAACACACGUCACGCCCUGUCCAAGCCUUCCCCCCCAGGAACACGCACAUGUCCAGAGAGAGACUUGCUUACCUCUGACUGAUGCAGAGCAGAGAGCCAAAAAAAUGCUUUUCACUCAACAACAAAAAACAAUCAAGAAUGCCUUUCACUCGAACGGACAACCAACUAAACGCUUUUCACCAGUGUGAAAGACAAUUACUCGAACGCUUUACUAGUUUUUAUUUGAUCCUCCUGCUUUUCUCAUGUGGGGGAGGAUGACAAGGCUGAGAUGGACGACAGAAAAAUGACUUUUUACGGUCUUCUUUCUGUCUGGGUGGCAACUCAUGCAGCUUAAAAGAAAGAAGGUUAAGGGUUUAUCUGUGUUUUGGCCUGACUCAUCCAGAAUGAGGAGUUCUUUUUUAAGUAAAGAAGGAAGGUGUAAUGUCACUGUGUUUGAAUAUUUUCAAAGCUGAAGAUAUCCCAGUGAAACACAAGUUGCUGUGUAUUCUAGUUCCUUCCUGCUGAAAGGAGUGGGGAAUUUUCAUAAUAAAAUGUACUGAGAUGUCAGAGGUCAGACAGCCUAGAGACGCUGAGACAUCACAAAGCAGAUAUUUCGUAAACACAUGGAUGAGGCGGUUGAGUUGAGCUCUUGAUUCCAAGUGCAAUUUCUUAAGUGCUAUCUCACCCUAAAAGGAUGAGGAGGAGAAGGAGCGAUUUCAUUUCAAACUCUAAAUUAUUUUAAUGCAAAGACUUGUCCUGUACUGUCGGUAGUUAAAAUAAAUAAAGACAGCAUCCGCCUGGCUAUAGACAGCAGAGGAGAAACUGUGCACUAACGAUUGAUGACUGAGUCACCCAGACUUGAACUUGCUCUAGUAUGUUUUUUUUUAUUAACUCAUUUUGGAUUCAUAGGUCGAGUAGGAGUAUGGAGAAAUGAACCUUGACAGAAAUUGGCUUUUAAAGCACUUACACCCUGAGAAGGGCUAGAAGCACAGACACACACCCUGCCUGCUCCCCUGUAGGGCGAGUCGGGGAGAGGAGGGUGCUCGACAUAUAGCUGUAUGUCCGGGGGUGAUACAUUCCGCAGUCAUGCUCUUUUUUCUAUUUGUUUCUAUUGUGGAGGCCGUGUGAGAUUGUGGAGGACAUGGUGGCAUACUGUCUUUGUGUGUACGCUUAGAGAAGCCAGGAUCAUAUGCAUGGUGUGUUAUAAGCUGUCAAGAGCUGUCAUAGCCUCGGCUCAACCUGUGUUUGUGUCAGACUACGGCCUAUGGGGAUUUCCCUGGGCCUCCUCCACCCACUCGCACUCACGGCAGCAGUUUGAAAUAUGAAAAAAGCAAAUUAUAUAGAUAUAAAUAUAAAUAUAUAUAAAUAUAUAUAUAUAUCUACAAAACUAAUAUUUUGGAGUGUUUUUAGCUUUUUCAAAUAUUGUGGUACGAGUUGUGCAUUGUUUUUUGAAGAAGAGAAACAAAAAAAGAAAAAAAGUUGCUGUUUUUUCAAUGUCCCUCUUUGGUUUGAGUUUCCUGUUCGAUAUUUUAUUUUUCUUUCUCUUUGGUUCACUGGAUUUUCUGUUCAGCACUUUGAAAUCAUAAACUAGUUCUGAUUAUUCUGCUCGACUCUGUCAUGUGUUUUGAUUGUUGUUGUUUUUUUAAUUAAACGACUUUCACACAAAAUGCAAAGAAAUUA